CACACACACAUAUGUAUAAUAGAAAAUAGAUAAAAAAUAGAAAAUAAGAUAGAAAAUGUCAGCUGUGGCCGGUAAUUCAUCUGAUACGUCAGUUCGUACCUGUUGUCCGCUGUGCCAAUCCCUUCAUCGAGAUGAGACAUCGCUUUUUCAGCAUAUCAACUCGGAACAUGUCUGGCGUCGUUCUUUUCCAAGCGUAGGUUUUCUGGAGGAUCAUGACUGUCGUGUUUGCUCGGCUUGUGGGUUUAUCUACGCACGUCGAUGGAGUAGUUGUCGUAGGUCGCUGGGUGGCGGUCAUUCUCGUUGUUGUGGAAGAAUGGAUGAUCCCGGUAUCUCUCCAUCGCUGUGUGACGCUAGUGGAAAUUAUGGCAGGACUCAGCCUUAUGUUCUGUUAUCUCGUUCUGCUACUGGCCAGAGUCUUGAGUGCAUUGGUGAGAGUGAUUUUCCUACCUCUUCUAUUAUUCCUAUAGCAGAACAACUUGAUCAAAGGUGUGACGAUAGUUUCUUUUCUGCUACUGAAACUAAUGAUAUUGUUCUGACUGGUAUCAAGGCAGCAGCUUUGCUUUCCUCACCGGAUGGAAAAUAUCUUGAUGUUUUCAAUGCUGUCAUGAACGAAAUUUCAACCCUGCCAGUGUAUACUGUUUCUCACAUUCCCAGGUCUGUGCGACCACUUCUCUCUGAAGUAUUGAGUGUGGAAUUACGUCAUGCUUAUGCGGAUGGUCUUUGGGGUUUUGUGAGGCUGUUUAUGUUUGCAAAAAGUGUCCUCAGAGCUCCUUCACGUAGGGGGAGGAAGAAGAGACAUUUGUCAAGUCGUUGUUGUUCAGUCGCCUGCACCAGUGGCGUGAGGGGCAUCUGGUCGAAUUGUGGGAGGAAGCUAGAAACGAUGCAAUGCCUCGUGAGACUACUUGUGAUGGCGACUCCAUAAGAAGAAACAAUGUGCGCAGAGCUAUCAAGCUUGCAGAAGAAGGUCGAUAUAGAGAUGGCAUGCGUUGUUUGGGUUCUCAAGGUUGUGCACCUCAUUCUGAUCCUGA